ACACUCAGUUCUAAUCCUACCAAACAUAAUGAGGAAUCUCAUAUUACUACUCUUGGUCUUCUGUGUGGCUCAUGCAGCAAGACACUCCCUAAAGAAUUUCUUUACUUGUUCCAUUGGAGUCCCAAACUUUCCAGAGUAUGUGGCCUCAGGAAGUAUUGAUGACACUCAGUUUGUUUACUGCAACACCAGUAAAAGGAUUGUUGAAGGAAAAAGCGACUGGUUUAAAGAAUGGCUUCAAAAUCAAGAUAACUUUAAGAUCUUCCAAGAGAGAUGUUUUGCACAAGCUCAACCAAUAGGCAAAAAUGCCCUCAAUGAAAUUUUGCAUGACCUCAAUCUACAUGAAGGUGUUCACAUCCUACAGGCAUUGGGUGGCUGUGAGGUGGAUUACUAUAAAAAUCAGUCUUCUAGAUUCUUCCGGCUUGGCUUUGAUGGAGAAGACUUUGUGACACUGGACAUGAAUAGCUUGGCAUGGAUUUCUCAAAAUGACAGAGCUACCUCAAUAAAACACAAAUGGGACCUUGACAAAGGAAGGACAGAUUUUUUUAGGUACUAUUAUACCAUAGAAUGCCCGAUACAGCUGAGUGAGCUCCUAAAGGUUUCCAACACGUCACUUCAGAAAACAGUUCUUCCUACAGUGUCUCUCCUCCAGAAGACUCCCUCCUCUCCAGUGAGCUGUCAUGCUACAGGUUUCUACCCAGAGAGCGCUGUGAUGUUCUGGAGGAGGGGUGAAGAGGAGAUUCAUGAAGGUGUAGAACAUGGAGACAUCCUCCCAAACCAUGAUGAAACAUUCCAGAUGGAGACUGCACUGGAUGUCUCAUUAAUUCCACUUGAAGAUUGGGGAAAAUAUAACUGUGUCUUUCAGCUCUAUGGUGUCAGCAACGACAUCAUAACCCCUCUGGAUAAGACAAUAAUCAAGACCAAUCAGGGUAAGUAG